AUACAGCUGUUAAUUAACUAGGUGCGUGUGUGUGUCGGGGAGGAUGAUCACUGCAGUUCAUUUCACCCCCUGGUCUGUUUGUAUUAAGUGAAUCUGGACGCUGAAGACUCUUAACGUUGAGCUCUCUCUCUCUCUCUCUCUCUCUCUCUCUCUCUCUCUCUCUCUCUCUCUCUCUCUCUCUAACUCUCUCUCUCUCUCUAUCUAUCUAUCUAUCUCACGCGCGCCCGCGCGCUCGUACGCACCUUCGGCACCGGCACCGAAGUUCCAAGAUGAGUGAUCUGGACGAGGAUCUGGCCAAGCUGCUUGUGCUAAAGGAUGAGAGGAUUAAGGAGAUGGAAAGACGACUCGGUGAGAAGGAAAAGGAGAUCCAAGAGUUGAAGAGGAAGCUGCAUAAAUGUCAGUCGGUGUUACCGAGCGCGCAGAUGAUCGGGCCGAGGACCAGGCGAGCUCAGGGCAUCUCAGCAGAGCCGCAAAGCUUCACCUCCUUCACCGAGCUCACAGGAGAGGCUUUUCGCAAGAUCUCCAAGUCUGACAGGUCCAAGGAACUUAUCAAGGAGGCCAUUCUAGACAAUGAUUUCAUGAAGAACCUGGAGCUUUCACAGAUCCAGGAGAUCGUGGAUUGCAUGUAUCCGGUGGAAUAUGACAAAGAGAGCUGCAUUAUUAAAGAGGGCGACGUGGGCUCACUCGUGUACGUUAUGGAAGAUGGCAAGGUGGAAGUGACCAAGGAGGGCAUGAAGCUGUGCACCAUGGGACCAGGCAAAGUGUUCGGCGAGCUGGCCAUCCUCUACAACUGCACCCGCACCGCCACCGUUCAGACUCUCACCAACGUCAAGCUCUGGGCCAUUGACCGCCAGUGUUUCCAGACCAUCAUGAUGAGGACAGGACUCAUCAAGCAUGCAGAGUACAUGGAGUUCCUCAAAAGCGUUCCAACAUUCCAAGGCCUUGCAGAAGAAAUACUCAGCAAACUCGCGGACGUCCUGGAAGAGACGCAUUACAGCGAUGGAGAAUACAUAAUCAGACAGGGUGCUCGAGGAGAUACCUUCUUCAUCAUCAGUAAAGGAAAGGUGAACGUUACCCGAGAGGAUUCGCCCAAUGACACCGUUCAUCUACGUGGCAUGGAGAAAGGGGACUGGUUUGGAGAGAAAGCUCUUCAAGGAGAAGACAUCAGGACGGCCAACGUCAUUGCCGCUGGAGCUGUCACCUGCCUGGUCAUUGACAGAGAUUCAUUUAAGCAUUUGAUUGGAGGUCUGGACGACGUCUCGAACAAAGGCUACGAGGAUGCUGGAGCCAAAGCAAAAUACGAGGCAGAAAACGCCUUCUUCUCCAACCUGAAGCUGGUGGACUUCAACAUCAUCGACACCUUAGGGGUGGGAGGAUUCGGACGAGUCGAGCUGGUGCAGCUCAAAAGUGAGGAGACCAAAACGUUCGCCAUGAAGAUUCUGAAAAAGCGCCACAUCGUGGACACGCGGCAACAGGAACACAUCCGCUCUGAGAAACACAUCAUGCAGGAGGCGCAUUCAGACUUUAUAGUGAGAUUAUACAGGACAUUUAAAGACAGCAAAUAUCUGUAUAUGCUGAUGGAAGCCUGUUUGGGAGGAGAACUAUGGACCAUUCUUAGAGAUAGAGGAUCUUUUGAAGACUCCACAACACGUUUUUACACAGCCUGUGUGGUGGAAGCCUUUGCUUAUUUGCAUUCCAAAGGGAUAAUUUAUCGAGAUCUCAAGCCAGAAAAUCUCAUCCUAGAUCACAGAGGCUAUGCCAAGCUGGUGGACUUUGGUUUUGCCAAAAAGAUUGGAUUUGGGAAGAAGACGUGGACUUUCUGCGGAACUCCAGAAUAUGUAGCCCCAGAGAUUAUCCUCAAUAAAGGUCAUGACAUCUCAGCAGAUUAUUGGUCACUUGGUAUCCUCAUGUAUGAACUCCUGACUGGCAGCCCACCGUUCUCAGGGCCAGAUCCAAUGAAGACAUACAAUAUAAUUUUAAGAGGUAUCGAUAUGAUUGAAUUUCCAAAGAAGAUCACCAAAAAUGCUGCCAAUCUAAUAAAGAAACUAUGCAGGGACAAUCCAUCUGAGAGAUUAGGAAACUUGAAAAAUGGGGUGAAAGACAUCCAAAAGCACAAAUGGUUUGAAGGCUUUAACUGGGAAGGGUUGCGUAAAGGGACUCUUAUCCCUCCUAUUAUACCUGAAGUGUCAUCCCCCACUGACACCAGUAACUUUGACAGUUUCCCAGAGGACAACGAGGACCCACCACCCGACGACAACUCAGGCUGGGACACGGAUUUCUGAUCCAAUUUGCCUGUCUGACUGUCAGUCAAAACCUUCAGGACAUGGUUGUGUUGAGUAAGUUUAGUGACUGCUGCUCAAGUCGGCAAAAUUAAACAAAAAAAAAACAUUAGAUGUCCAGCUCUGGGUCACCAUGAUGCCUUCCCCAAUGCUGUUCCCAUUGGGAUGCCCCAGAUCCAUAAACGCCCCCCAAAAAAACGCCCAUUUUUCUGUGUUGAGUUUUGAAGACACGCUCUGAUAGCUUUAUCACAUCUCAUUAUUCCUCCUUUACGUUCUGUCCAUUUAUAGACCUUUACGCUUCUGCUCUAUUUGCCUUUUACUGAUUGGACAGAGCAUGAGUUAAACCUGGUCGUGCUGUUAAAACUCCACGCUCACUUGCUUUGCAGAGCUUUAGUUUCUUAGCCAGUGUAAGAGUAUAUCAUAUAUGAUUGUGUAUAUAUACGGUUACUAUAUAUUUGGAAAGUCUCAGACACUAUACGUCAUUAAAGAGUGAAAACAUACGUAAUAAAAGUUGCAAAGGCAUAUGUCCUUAAAUAUGACAAAAUGCCCUUCCACUUUAAUGCUUCUCCACCAUGCCUAUCUAGUCAGAUGAGUAUUCAUAACAGUUUUGCUUCAAAUAGAAUCACAGCUCUGUAUUCUUAAAAAAAAUGUCAAAAAAAAUCCAUCCAUCCAUCCACUAAUUUUCUUAUACUGAAUGUGUCUUAGUCAAGGGUCAGCGUGUGCAGGUUUACACCACCAGAGGGCAGUCUGUGACAAAACACAAGCCACCUGAGGCGAAUGAGUGCAUGAAGAGAAAGACAAACAAUCAGCAAACAAUUCUAAUGUAUAUGCUGCUAUCUGACCUGCCCUGACAUUACUGCUGGCCAUGCCUACUCCAUAACCACAAUCAUCCAAUCAUCGAUGGCCAGCCGACCGCCUGAAGGCUGACAAUAGCUUGAACACAAACUACUGUGCUGGAAAACAAAUUAAGGGUUUUUAUUUAUUAUAGGACCAGAGGUAAAUAUUUAUGUACAUAUUCAGUGCUGAUAUUUUUGUGACACUUGUAGAAGAAUAAUAAGAAAAAAAAAAACAUUGUCAGAGUAAAGCUGGCUUUGUUAUUUCAUUUGUUUGGAAUAUGUUUUAUCUGUAUGGUACUUUGUAGAAUUCGUCGAACUCUUUUGUCCGAAACUUCAUGAUGGACAGUUUGUGCUUAUCGUUUUGUUUUGUUUUUUGUUGUUGUUGUUUUUUCUGGCAUUAUGAGAAGUGCCUUAAUUCAAUGGCAUUCAAUGUAGACCCUACGUUGGUACUGAUGCUGCAUGACUAGGUGAACACCUCAAAUAUGUAAUCCUUACUCGUUUGUGGCUUUUUUAAGGUUCAGCGAUUUCUAUGCCUUUUUCUUACAAUAAAAGCAUCAAGCGUA